GCCCCGCCCUGCAUUGCUGACAUCAGCCCCGGGCAGGGAGGGAUGCGGAGGAUUUGCUGCUGCUGCUACUGACUGAGACUCAGACACCGCACCGAGACACCGGGCCGAGGUAGCAGCGCUUGAGCGAAGAUCAGAAAGGUCUCUCACUAUUAUUCCUAAGUGGAUAUAGACAGACAUUGCAGGAUGCCCCUUGAAGAGGAUGGUCCAAGCUGGAAAAAGAGAGCGGAAGACAUUCGUGAUACUUAUGAAUUUCGAGACGUUCUUGGAACCGGAGCUUUUUCUGAAGUGGUUCUUGCUGAAGAGAAGAAAACCCAAAAACUUGUGGCCAUAAAAUGCAUCCCCAAGAAAGCUCUAGAGGGGAAGGAGACCAGCAUUGAAAAUGAGAUUGCCGUAUUGAGGAAGAUUAAGCAUGCAAACAUUGUGUCACUGGAAGACAUUUACGAGAACCGGAGUCACCUAUAUCUCAUCAUGCAGCUAGUGUCGGGGGGUGAGCUGUUUGACAGAAUUGUGGAAAAGGGCUUCUAUACAGAGAAGGAUGCCAGCCAGCUCAUCAAGCAGAUUCUAGAUGCUGUAAAAUACCUGCAUGACAUGGGCAUCGUGCACAGGGACUUAAAGCCAGAGAACCUGCUCUAUUACAGUUUGGAUGAAGACUCUAAAAUCAUGAUCAGUGAUUUUGGAUUAUCCAAAAUUGAAGGGUCUGGAAGCGUGAUGUCCACUGCCUGCGGAACACCUGGAUAUGUUGCUCCAGAAGUUCUUGCACAAAAACCGUACAGUAAAGCAGUAGAUUGCUGGUCGAUCGGAGUAAUUGCCUAUAUACUAUUGUGCGGUUACCCUCCGUUCUAUGAUGAAAAUGAUGCAAAGCUUUUUGAACAGAUUCUGAAAGCGGAAUAUGAAUUUGAUUCUCCGUACUGGGACGACAUUUCUGAUUCAGCAAAAGACUUUAUCCAGCAUUUAAUGGAAAAGGAUCCCAACAAGCGCUACACGUGUGACCAAGCCUUGCAGCAUCCAUGGAUUGCCGGAGAUACAGCUCUAGAUAAAAAUAUCCAUGAGUCCGUCAGCGAGCAGAUCAAAAAGAAUUUUGCAAAGAGUCGAUGGAAGCAAGCCUUCAAUGCCACAGCCGUAGUCCGUCACAUGCGCAAGCUGCAACUUGGGACAAGCCAAGAAGGCCCUGGGCAGACCACCCCCACCAGCCCAUGUCAUGGGAACCUCUUGAUGCCAGGGGAUAACCUUGGCUCACAUUCCGAUAGUUGUGAAGACUGUUUUUCCCAGAAAUCAUCUGAAAACAGCUCGGCUUACAGCAGCCACCACUGCCCUCAAUCAAACAGGGUCUAAGGGCCUGCCAAGGUGCUUCUGGAAUACAGUGUCGCUGGAAAGAGCAGGCCGUGGAGUUGGGCGUACAUCCGGGCUUGCUGCCUGUGGAUGGCAGACCUUCAAGCAAGGACAGGCCAUAACUUAAAAACAAGGGCGGGGGGGGAGGGGGGGAAAGAGGAGGAAAAAAAGUGAAUAGCAGACCUUUUUGUUUAACAAAAUCUAUAUAUAAGGAGAUACAAAAAAAAAUCAAAACAGGCCUGACAGAAAACAUGAAGUUUACAGAAACGAAUAAGGGCCGUUGUUAUUGUUAAUUUGUAACGUUGCCUGCUCAUUGUAUCAUGUGGGGGAGGGGAUGUUUAAUUUUUUCUGUAUUAAGGUGAAGACUUAAGGCUCUUGCUGUUUUUAUGUGGCUUCCAGCUUGGGGCUGCAUGUUGAAAACUUGUGUUAGUGAGGCGAGUGAGCCAAUGCCUUUCAACCCCAGUUGGUGGAAAGAAUCCGAGUUUUAGCAGCGCUACGGGAGCCUUGACGGGUAGAAAAUAAUAAUUAUGUUUUAACAGGUUUACCCUAAAAUCAGUCUGUGAAUGAAGCGUUGAUAAUAUAUGUGAUGAGGGGGCAGAUGAAUAUGAUUCAGGAGGUACUUGCUCUUCCAGUUCUCAGAAGGAUUCCUGGGUUGAUGACACGGUGUAGUUGUUUAAUUGUGUUUUCCGCAUAUAAGUGGAGAAAUAAAGGCGUAAAUAAACCUCAUACAUUCCAAACCUAACUAAUGCCAGGUGUCCUGCAAGGCAUUAUGUAUACUUUAAGAAGUAUAUUGUUUUCCUAGUGGUGAACUUGAACAAUCAUAUAGAGUGGCGGUCAUAUUCUAGGUUGACCAGUAUUAAACAGUUAACAGAAGAUGGGUCAUUUUGCAAGGCCUGAAACAAAUUGUUUUGUUUUUUUGUUGCUGGAUGUCAAUAUGCGAAAACUAAAAAAGCUGUAAAUGAAAGCACUGUCCAUAACUUCCUAUAAGCAAAUGAGCCAUAUUACCCUACCCAGACUAAAGGGACAUUAAACCCUUUUUUUCAUUCAUGAUUCAGAUAGAGAAUACAAUUUUAAAUACAUUUUCAAUUUAAUUUUAUUAUCAAAUGUGAUCAUUCUCUUGGUGUACUUUGUUGAAGGAGCAGCAAUACACUACUGAGAUCAGGCUGAACACAUCUGGUGAAACAAUGGCUAGAGGCAUAUAUGUGCAGCCACCAACCUGAACCUACCUAGGUAUGCUUUUUCAACAAAGGAUACCAAGAGAAGGAAGCAAAUUAAAUAAUAGAAGUACAUUGGAAAUUUGUUGAAAACAGUGUGCUCUGUAUGAAUCUUGAAAGUUUAAUUUUAAUUUUACUGUUCCUUUAAUUAGAAGCGGAUAUAUGGCUGCACUCAUGAUACAUUCCUGAAAAAGAAAAGGGUUAAUUAAGGGACCAUUCCUAUUUGUAGAACCAGUGCUAUGUGUCUUAUAUACAAACAUCUGUAUUUGCUAUUGAUGGCAUUGCUAAAUAUAUAAAUAAAUAAGUACAUACUGACUAGGUUCACUAACGGCAUUUAUUCCAGAAAAUAAAUGUCUUCCUGUAUAUCUAUCUUACUAUUUUACAGAAGCGAUUAGAGACGUAGUUCAGAAAGAACAUGCAAUACAGUCAUUUUCAAAUUGACUUCAUUCUCUUGGUAUCCUUUGUGGAAAAAACAUAGCUUGAUAGGCUCAGGAGUCGCAGUGCGCUUCUUGGAGCUAACUGGUGAUUGGUGGAUACACACACAUGCCUCUUGUCACUGGUUCACAAGAUGGGUUCAGGUAGGUACCAGUAGUGCAUUGCUGCUGCAGACCUCACUUUAUACGUUUAACCCCUUUGCAGUGGUUAAAUACAUAAUCAUAAAUACAUAGAGAAAGAGAAGCACUCUCUCAGGAAUAAACAACCGCUCAAUAACUUGUUAGCUUGUUGCUUUUCACAGAGAAGAACUUACCAUAAGUAUAUCAGUCUGUUCCCGCCUAACAAGGUCAGUCCAGCCCUGAAAUACCAGGCAAUUUCGGCCUUAUUUGGGUCUCAUCAGUGAGGUGCAGCCAUAUUCCUCUAAGCACACUGGCCAAGAAGUCCACGUCUGGUUUCCCCCAUUGCCCUUAGAGAGACAUAAUCAUAUACAAGCAAUAGUGCAAUACUAAAACAGAGCAUAUUAUUUUACAAUUGCAGACUCCUUUAAAUAACAUUACAAAUCUUAGUCUCCACACCCAGCUUACCACAUGUUUGUGUCCUAUACCUGUACAUGCUGGUUUUGAGUUAAAGGCAGCUUAUGGCCUGCAGGGCAUAUGUCCAUAAUAAGCCUAUACAGGGGUGUGUUUAUUUUUAAAGCCAAAUCUAAAACUGAUCUCUUUGGUCCUACACUAAAGUGCAUAUAUUUCUAAUAUGCUAUUCUUCAUAAUGUUACCUUAACAUAAAAAAAAUUUCAAGGGACAUGAAACCCCAAAAAAAUUUCUUUCAUAAGUCAGAUAGAACAUAGAAUUUUAAAUAUCUUUCCAAUGUACUACUAUUAUGUAAUCUGCUUCAUUCUCUUGGUAUCCUUUGUUGAAGAAACAGUAAUGCACUACUGGGAGUUAGCUGGAAGCCAAUGACAAGUUGCAUAAAUGUGCAGCCACCAAUCAGCAGCUUCUGAGCCAAUGUAGGUAUAGUUUUUAACAAAGGAUACAAAGAAAACAAAACAGAUACUAGAAAUAAAUUGAAAAGUUUUUUUUAAAAUUGCAUGUUCUAUCUAAAUCAUGAAAGAAAAAAUGUGGGUUUUGUGUCUCUUUAAAUCCAAGAUUGGCCCAGAUCUGGGGGCACCUACUGCAUAUUCCCAGUGCUUAUCCGGGUAUUUCCCCUAAAGCUGUCUGGCACCUGUGUUCUCAGUGCAUGCGCAUCAGUAAUCUUUGGAAUAAACACGCAAAUUAGCCCUGGGGACAUGCUGUAGGUGCAAUUAUCAAUCAAUCCUUUACAAAUAUGGCUGCCCAAUGUGACUUUUUUUUUUAACCAUAUUUGAAAAAUAUUGAGGCAUUAACGGGCUUAACAAAAAAGGAUGUGUAAAUGUCAGUCUUUUUGUAUAAUAUUUACUGGACAGUUGGAAACUUUAUAAUCCUAUUCACAGGUUAAUUUUGUUUUUAUAAAAUUUUAUAAAUAUACUCAUAACUUUAUUCUGGGAUCAGAUAGCUCCAUAUUUAAGUGUCCCUCUGGGCAAAUAUAUAUAUAGGUAUAGGUGAUAUGCUGGGUUAGCUAUUCUUGAAUUUUUUGUAAUUAUUUCACAUACUGAUCAAUUCCAACAUUGUUUUCAGUAUAUAUACAUUUAAUCUAGAAAUUCAGCUUUAUAGUGUGUUAUUUUCCUAUACAGAGUUCUCCCAUAGAUUAUAAUUAAUAAAAAAAAACACUGCAUUUGCCAAGAGAGUUUCAGGAGGUGGUUCAAUUUCAAAAUUUGGAUUAAUAUAAUUUGCAGUCCAUUCAAUGCAUGCUUUUCAUUCAAAUAAUUUUAAUAUUGAGAAUAAUUAGAGACGGCCAAGCAAUUUAAUGUAAGAAAUUUAAUACUGUUAUUAAAAGAAAUUGCUACAAAUCGGAUCUAAUUUCAUACUUUAAAGAUGUUUGGAACAAGGACAAAUAUUGAAUUGUAGCUAUUCUGGCAAUUCACCCAAUGUAAGGUUUACAAUUAGCAGACUUUCAAGUCAGUUUUUUGCUCCUUCUUUAUAAAUUAGUCAACACCAAAUUUGGUAUUUCCUUUAUAAUUUGCCAAGUGAUUUAUACAUUAGCACAUUAUUGCAAGUAUCUGCUCCAGGAAACUGUGCCAUUAUUGGUUUAAGACAGGCAUAAGUGCACAACUGGCACUCAUAAAUUUGCUUGCAUUUGCCUCUUAGCUACCACAAUAAUACAAAGUUCCAUAUUUGUCCUAUUAAUCCAUGCUAAAUAUCAGCAGCUAUGCUUCAUUAGCUAACAUAUGUUAUUGAUUUAAAAUAAAAAGUAUAUUUAAUGUCCAUUUGGACUUUAAAAAUAGGUACCAUACCAUGGACAUUCAAAAGAGUAUUUUUUUGUGGGUACACUCUACAAAAGGGUUGCUGCUUCUGAUUUAGGACAAUAACAUUGGCAUAACAUAUCUCAAAUUAUUUAGAAAUAUAUCGAAGAUAUGGAGUUUGGUGGGCAAGUAUGCAGUUGGAGUGAACUGUGGCAGAGUUAGGGUAAUCUGAAGGACAAGAUUGCUGUACAAGAAUGGAGUUGGCAAAGUCAGUGUAAUCUGUUCAGGUCCAGGGUUGGAGUCAGUGGUACAGUUUGGUGUGGGUGGAUGGUUUGGGGGAAAAGUUAGGGCUGCAUACAGCACUGGUUUUCAAACCUUUCCUCAGGCUUCCUCAACAGGCAUGGUUUUUAGGAUUACCUUGGGUGAGAGCAGAUAAAAUUACCAGGUUUGCUAAACAGCUGAUUAUUUAACCUGUGCUCUAGUUCAGGCAUCCACAAAAUGUGGCCUGCAAUGGAGGCCUGAGGACAGGUUUGAAAACCAGUGGUGUAUUUUAUUGGUUAAGAUGGAGUCAAGACAAGAUAAUGCUAAUCAAGUAUAAAUGAUUUUUCAAUGGCUGUUAUAAAAUCAGUGUUCUAGAAUAUGAUCCUGCAAAUCACUGAUCCAAAAAUGCACAGAAUUGAAUGUAGGUAAUGUAGCAUCUAAUUAUUUAUGCGACCUUCCGCGUCUUGAUUAUAUUACAACUGAAAAACAGAUCACACAAUUAGAGCCAGAUUGGAGCGGUAGUUAACGCUCCUGCUCAAAGCGCUAACUCUGCUAGAAGUAAUCUUUUUGUGCGUGUCGGGUAGUGCUCGUAUUACAAGUUAAAGGUAAAACGUUUUCGCUUGCACGCGAUAACGUACAAAAAAAGUGGGGGGAAACCUAACACCCUACUCUCAUGCAAAUACAAUCGCAUAUUCUCAAAUGCGCUAAACCAACAUGAAAAUAUGAAUAUUUCACAUUCCAAUGUUUUUCACAUGGCAGAAUAUUCUAUUUAUACAUACAUAUUUCUAUAUAUAUCUGAUGGUAUUUUGGUGCAAUAUAUAUCUAUACCUAAAUAAAUAUAUAUAUAUUUAUUUAUAAAUACUUACAUAUUCCCCUAUGUGAAGAACAUUGGAAUGUGAAAUAUUUACAGUAUAUACACAGAACAACACUUCAAUAAAAAUUAAUAUUGCAUAAAUAUGCUGUUUCAUGUUUUCAUCUAAACUGCAAAGGGCUCCAAUGCACUUAUAUAUAUGUCUAUAUGUGUGUACAUAUGUAUUUGUGUUUAUAUGUUUAUGUAUUAAAUACAUAUAUACACAUAUAAAGACAUAAAUACAUAUGUGCACACGUGUGUGUGUGUAUAUAUAUAUGUAUAUAUAUAUAUAUAUAUAUAUAUAUAUAUUUUUAUAUAUAUAUAUAUAUAUAUAUAUACACACACACACACACAUACAUAUACAUCUUUAGACAUAUAUAUGUAUGUAUCUCUAUGUUAAAGCCCUUUGGCCGUUUUUUUCCCCCUAAUAUCUGAGCCCUCAUAUCUUUGAGCCAUUAUAAAGUUUACGUUCAAAUUUUUUAAUAAUUUAAUAACCCCUUUUUGCUCGCACUUAACUGUUAACAUGCCACUUGUGAUCUAGCCCUUAAUCUGCAUAUAAUUCAUUUUGUGUACAAUUUUUCAGGAUGAAAAUGUUCAUAUUCUUUUGAACUGGAAAAGAACCAGCCUCUAUUGUUAUGGCUUGGGGUAUAUUCUAUUCCCCUUGAAAAGUUUAUUAAAGGGACAGUCAACACCAGAAUUUUUGUUUAAAAAGAUAGAUAAUCCCUUCAUUACCCAUUCUCCAGUUUUGUAUGACCAACACACUUAUAAUAAUACACUUUUUACCUCUGUAAUUACCUUGUAUCUAAGCCUCUGCAUUUUAGGCAAUUAGUGCUUCUAAGUAUUUUCACGUGCGUAAACUCUGUUAUCUGUAUGGCACACGUGAACUAAUGCCCUCUAGUGGUGAAACACGGUCAAAAUGCGUUUAGAUAAGAGGGGGCCUUCAAGGUCUAAGAAGUUAGCAUAUGAGCCUACCUAGGUUUAGCUUUCAACUAAGAAUACCAAGAGAACAAAGCACUAUUGAUGAUAAAAGUAAAUUGGAAAGUUGUUUAAAAUGACAUGCUUAUUUGAAUCAUAGCAAGCAAUAAAUACAGACAAUUUUAGGUGUUAAUACAAAAAGGCUGUAAGAAUGAAAAGAACUAGUACUCACCUCUAACGUUGACCACUGCCUUCUCUCAGUCUCUCCCAAGGGGCUGUUAGUAUAUAAUAGCAUUCGAAUAUAGAUGGCGCAGGUCCUAUAAGUCUCUAUAUGUCUCUAUAGUCAAUGUAUCUUUAUAGGUAUCAAUCUCGAUGUUGAGGAAUGAGCUCCAUUUCACUCGGAAUGAAAACUUCACUGAUGUGCAUACACUGAACCAAAUGAUAUAAGUGCAGUAUACUCACUCUGAUAAAUUUCAGAUGUCAGCCGGUGAAGGUAGGUUGAAUCACAAAACUUUGUUCCCUUCAGUAGGCUGGGGAUAGAAAUACUCUGGUAUUGAAAGUGCAGGAACUCUCUGCUGUGGUAUACAGUAUGUUGCUGUGAUCAACAGUUGUAGUAAUGAUGUAGCAGAGAGACGUGUCAGUCACAGUACUUUCUGUUUGGUAUAGAGGUUUUUAGAUUGUUCCUAUACAAGUGGUCUCAGGAAUCAAAAAUAGUUAUAAUUCCACAUGAACAUAAAUCCCAAGCAAAUAAAGGGGGGCUUGCUGAAAAUAGUUAUAAUUCCAUAAGAACAUAAAUCCCAAGUAGUAAAGGUUAAGAAGGUUUGCUGAAGAGGAUUUAAACAAUUCUAAGUUGUUGUUUUGUACAGCCACUAGGGUUGCCACCCAGACGGUAUUUUACCGACACGACCGGUAUUUUUAAGGUUCAGGUCAAUGUAGAAAAUAAUGAAUAAAUAUUGAAAGAAAGCCCCUGUCAAAGUGAAUCUUCUUCUGAGUGUGAUGAAUACUAGUUAAAAACAAAUGAGCAUUUAAAAUUAGUCCUAUCAGCUUUAGUUUUUGAGUUAUGCUGUUUAAUUAGCAUGGCCGGUAUUUCCACCAAGAAAGGUGGCAACCUUAACAGCCACUCACAGUGAAGUUUUCAUUGCCAGUGACAUCUGGAGUUCAUUCCUCAACAUCAAGAUUGAUACCUCUAAAGAUACAUUGACUAUAUCGAGAGACGCUUAGGACCUGCGCCAUCUAUACUUGAAAGCUUCCUAUUUAAAUCAUGAAAGUUUAUUUUGGACUUGACUGUCCCUUUUAGAUAUUUUUACAAAAUUAUUAAACCAUUACACUAUGUUUAAAGGCUAUGGGAAAUUAUGUAUUUAAGUGGUUUGAAAUGCUUUUUCUAUAGUAAUAGAAUAUUUCUCUGGAUACCACUGAUCUUUAUUAAAGGGAUAGCAUACUGUAAAAUAGUUUUUUUCCUUAAUAAGUUUACUAUCACUUGUUACACAGCUGCAGUUUAAAAUGUAUGGUGGACAAAUGGCACCUUUGGGUAUAAUUUUGUAUAUGAAAUAACUGUUACUGCUAAUUGAACCAAAAUCCAAUGAAAUGGGUUGAGCUAGCAGAGAAAGGAGGCCUCAUUAUUUUUUCUGUCCUUAUCUUCUUUUUUACUGUUUACAUUGAACCUCUGUUACAGACACCACCUGGAAACAUUAUUUUAUCUAAACCUUCUUGUUUACGUGCUUUUUUUUGUAACCAGAACUUAAAAUGUUCAGUAUGGGGGGUAGGGGAAAAAUAGGCUAAAUUAGCUAUUUCAAAUGAGAAAAUAAAGGUGAAGGAGCUAUUUGUAAACAAUUUAAUAUACGCCAGUAGGUAAAAUUGAUAAUUGUGAACAAAUUAAAGAGGAGAAAAUAGUAUUGUACAAUUUCCCUUUUAUUAAAUGCUUGUCAAUUUAAACUACAUUAUUUUUGUUUAAUUGUAUUUUAGUACAUGACUACAAAAUGCCACAAGACCUAACAGAAAGGUCAGAACAUUGUACCUGCUUUUUAUUUAGUUUCUAUUUUAUUCUCUUAUAGAAUGCUUUAUAGAGUUUUCCUAAUUGUAUUUAGUAGUAGCUUAAUCAUAUUAGCAUCUCUAUCUAGGGCUAUGUCUCGAUUUAACCAAGUAGUAUGGUAAAGCCAUAAAUAUUCUCGGUGCUCUUCUAUCUCCCUGAUUAUACUCUAGAUUGGCUGCGUGUUUUACUGGGUAUCUCUAUCUGGUAGACAAGCCGAUGGGUUUAAUAUUCUCUUUUGCACUGAAGGUAGGUUAUAGCAAUGUCAUACAGGGUAUAUGUUCAGCGUCUGGGCCUAUCCAAUGCUAAACUCCACUUUUACCCGUUAUAUCGUAUCCCCUUAUUGCCUUAGGAUAAUCCAAUCUCAGUACAUUUUAGCAUUCCUUAUCUUCCGAUUUUUAUAAAUCAUGGUUGAUCCUCAUUUUUAAGGACAUCACUUGACCUGUCUUGGUGGUGGUAAUGUUAACAUUUUGCCUAAUUGUUAUUCUGAUUAAACACUUCAUAACUCAUUUUCCAUGUUUAUUAAUAGAAGAAUAACAACUCAACUGUCUAAACAGAAUGUUCACACUCAGGUGUGGUUAAAAUUGAAUUUAUUUUAAAACAAAAAGGUUUAUUCGAACAUUCUAAAAUUGUACAGACGUCCUAAAGAUACUUACACAUUUCUCGUACUAGGGGGUUUAAUUGCAUUAACAUCUACAGUACCUUCCGUGCAUUUUUAUAAUGUGUGUGUAUAUAUAUAUAUAUAUAUAUAUAUAUAUAUAUAUAUACACACACACACACAUUUUUAUAGAGUGGAGCUUUUGUUGGCCCAUGCAGUUGUGAAUAUGUGCCAUGCCAAGAUGGCUUAGGGCAGUAUGUGUUAAAAUUAUUUUGAAGCCGAUCUUUAUUGGACCUCCUACCCCAUCUCCCUAACAAAAGAUAGUUUUAGUUGAGUGGGCAAAGAUCUAUUAUAAACUAUAUCUGGCCAUCAGGAUCAAUAGACCAUUCUUACAUUAUUAUCUGUGGGGGCUGGGUCAUAUUAGAGUGAAAUUUCCCAAAACUGGAGAGAGAAUAAACAUAUUUAAGUACCAAACCAAGACAGCUUCAAUGUAAAGCCAUGUAGUUGUGAGUGUGUCUCUCUUUGCUUUCAGAAUUUAACAUGACAAAAUGAAGUUUAUAAACACAAUUUAUUGUAUAAGUCUAAUUUGUAUCCCUGUUAAAAAAAAGUGCUUUCCGUGUACAAUACCGAUGCCAGUUGAGUGGGCACUUGUGGGUAUAACCAGUACACCAGUAUAGAUGGCAGGGGCUCUUCCUAUUGUUUGAUGAGCUCUGGUGCAACUAUGUUUUUUUUUUGGGGGGGGGGGUUUGCGCAUCCUGCCUGGUUCCUGUUCCCCUUUCAUGUUUCAGCAUGUUUAAUGAGGAUUUUUCAAAAUAAAAAUUUUAAAAAUAAAAAAAUAGGAACAAAAAGACAAAAAAAUAUUUCUAUUUUACUGCUUGUUUAUGUAUUAAAGAAAAUUGUAUGAUUCCGAUAAACCUGUUCUGAUUUUGCGUUCUUUGUAUAUGUACAUACAUGUAUAAAUCUAUAAACAAGUUUUGAUGUUUUUUUCUUGAA